UUUAUCUCUGAGAUAUUUUGGUAGCUUACGCAACACGACUUGUAUGCAGGCAUGAUCCAUUGUUCGUGAAAUAGAGGAAAACGAAAAACAACAACUCGGGAGUAAGAGAUGAUAACACGGAAGUUCUUGUGAUGUUUCGCUUGAAAAUCAUCGUAUUCCUUCAUGUUUUUUCAGUACUCCAAUGGGAGAUAAGAGAUUAGUGUGAAAGGUCGUUUUGAAGGACAUAUUGUUUCUUGCUAGUUGCCGAGACGUACUGGCGUAUAGCGGAGUGAUAGUUGAAUUGUGGUAACUCAGGAAGGAAAGAGUUGAAUAUGGGGUUCCUGAUGCAGCUGUAUCUCUUGGUCUGGAAAAACUUCACGUCCAGAAAAAGACAAAAGAUUCGCAUACUGAUAGAGCUACUUUGGCCGUUGGUAAUCUUCAUUAUUUUGGCGGCAGUCAGAAGGGAUGAGCCUCCAGAAUUCAAGCAUGAAUGUCAUUUUUCAGCCAAAGCGAUGCCUUCAGCUGGAAUGGUUCCUUUCCUUCAGUCUCUCAUGUGUGAUACUCUCAACUCAUGCCGCAAAGACGAGCUAGAAAGCGACGUCCCAGGCAAAGUCAACGACUUUUCCCAAGCCAAGUUAUCUAUUCUUAUAGAAGACAUCCAGAAGAUCUUGGGUAACAAGACGUUUGUAGAUGAUGUGGAGAAGAUCUUGAUUCAGCUAGGUGACCUGGAGCGCCAGGGGGACUGGUUGAAUAGGGGCAAUGACUGGUGGGACAGGGCACAAGUAGACCCUGGCAGCCCUUCAUUACCAGAUCUGUCAUCUUUGAGUGGUUUAUUGGACGACCCAGCUGCAGUGCGUAGUUACCUUAAAAGUCAAGUGGGUCUGUCUCCUGAUGUUGCAGAUGCCAUCCUAGCCUCAAGACCAAACCCUGCAGAGAUCUUUGCCUUGACUGAUCCUUCCACCCUGGAGCUUGCUUGUGAGUUAGGGGGGGUGGGGAACCUGUUUGGUAUCGAAGAUCCAGAACUCCGAGCCAAGACCAACCGAGAACUAUGUGCUCUCAACCAAGAGCAGUACACAGAGAUUGCCCAAGAGCUCCUCUCACAUCUAGACCCUACAGCAGUCGCAUCAUUGGCUGGUUCUGCUUCAAGUAGCACAUCAUCAGGUUCAGUCACACUGUCUGACAUUUUGACGGACCCAGCAGCUUUUGAGGAACUUUUAAAGACCGACCUUGGGAUUGAUCCUAAUGUGACAGAGGAACUCAUGAAUACACCUAUUAACCCUAGAGAGCUUCAACUGUUGUUACAAGGUAGUGGCAUGCAUGACACUGUGUGCAACGAGACUGCUCUAGGUCAGAUCAUCCAGCCUCAGAACCCUGGUGACCUUGAUGAUAUUAGCAGAACCCUUUGUAACCUGACUAAUAGCCAACUGGAUGAGUUCUCAAAGGAUCUCUGGCAGUCCUUGGAUAAACAGAAGUUCAUUGAUUGGGCCAGGAACAAUUCAGAUGUCCCACCUAAUGUCUAUGACGAUAUCAAGCAAAUCAUGCAAGAGAUUCAAGAGCUGGAGAGCUUCAGGAACCUGACCUCAGAGAUUGAGGAUAUCCUGAAGAGCAACGACACCGGUCAGCUGAUCUGCGGAGACCUGCCCUUCCUGACCCUCGGCGGGUUGCCCAGCUUGGGAGGGGAUGACCAGCAGCCCCCCGCAGCAGGGGAACCAGAAGAACCUGUGGAACCGAUAGAGCCCGUAGAACCAGUGGAACCUGGAGAUAACCCAACAUUCCCUCCACUGAGUGGUGGAGAUGGAGAUAAUGAUAAUAGUACAAUUCCAGGCACAGAGCGAUGCCCUUGGCUUGUGGACAUUUUGCAGUCUGGAUCACAGAGUACCAAACAAACACAGUAUGUCCUAUCGCUCUUCUUACCCAUCAUACAAGGAUACAUCUUCUACACACCCAACACCACCGCCACCAGACAGAUCAUGAAAGAGGCUGAUGAGAUGUUCAACAGUCUGAGGGACAUGAAGGAUUUAGCUGAGAAAUGGAUGCAAGUAUCACCUUGCAUCAGAGCAUUCGUUGAAAAUCAGGAUCUGCGUACCAUGGCAACCUGUUUGAACCGCUCCAGUCAGGGCCUUUCCCCUUUCCCUGACAACCCCUCCGAUCUCCUUCCAGUCACCGGUCUUCCAGGGGGUGUAACCUUACCCCCCAUUCCACCCACAAUGUUACCCCCUGUGCUCCGGAAUAACUCCUACCUACCGGACUUGUUUGGGAACGACACCCAGGAUAUUCUGAACCUCCUGGAUGCCAUGGACAGUUUGGCCAAUACAACUCUUAGUGUUCUUAAUUGCUUUGAGCUAGACCGAUUCCGUCCUUACAAGAAUGAAAUGGAUCUCGUUGAUGAUGCCAAGGUUCAUAUUGAAAACUACACAUUUUGGGCUGGUAUUGUGUUCACCAACGUGGAUCCUGAUCCCGAGAGUACCUACAUUCCACCUCUGCUAGACUACAAGAUACGCAUGGACUCGGCUUUCAGUGAGAGCACAAGCAAGCUCACGGAUCAAUAUUGGACUCCAGGACCCAGGAAAAAUAUCAGAGAUCGCAAAUAUUUUGAGAGCGGUUUUAUCUUCAUCCAAGACAUCUUAGAGCAAGCUAUCAUUAAAGUGAUGACCGGAAAAGAGGACUUGGGAGCUGGGAUGUACAUUAAACAGUUCCCAUAUCCGUGCUAUAUUAAUGAUCUUUUUGUCCAAUCACUGUCUGGAGUUCUGCCUCUGUUCAUGAUCAUCUCCUGGAUCUUCUCGGUGGCGAUGAUCAUCAAGGGCAUCGUCUACGAGAAGGAGAGACGUCUGAAGGAGGUCAUGAAGGUCAUGGGGCUUAGCAACGGGGUUCACUGGCUGGCCUGGCUCAUCGAUAGCUUCCUGGUCAUGUUCACCAGCUGUGUGCUCCUGGUGCUGGUUUUAAAGCUUGGGAAGAUCAUCACCUACUCUGACGGAGGGAUCCUCCUCCUCUUCCUGGUAUCAUUCUGCGUCUCCACCAUCAUGCUGUGUUUCCUCAUCAGUGUAUUCUUCUCCAAGGCCAACCUCUCGGCUGCCUGUGGAGCGGUCAUCUUCUUCCUCACCUACGUGCCCUUCACUCUGGUCAUCACCUGGGACGCGUACCUGACAAGAGGAGCCAAGUUUGGGGUGUCUUUGCUGAACACCAUUGCAUUCGGCUACGGCUCCGUCUACCUGUCCCUGUACGAGGUCCAGGGAACAGGUGUCCAGUGGAACAACAUCAAUACCAGUCCAUUGAAUGGGGAGAAUGGCUUCACUUUCAUGCAGGUCCUAGCCAUGAUGUGGCUAGAUGCAUUCAUCUAUGGAAUGCUCACAUGGUAUAUUGAAGCUGUAAUGCCAGGCCAGUAUGGAAUGCCUAGGCCUCUCUACUUCCCCUUCACACGUAGCUACUGGUGUGGACACGGUAAACCUAACAACACUGAUGGAGAAAGCAUUGACAUGAAUCAUGCUAGAUUUAGAGGAGCCCCCAACUCAGACGUUGAGGCUGACCCCGCCCACCUACCCCUGGGCGUCGCCAUUCGUCAUCUCCUAAAGAUCUACUCCACCGGUAAGAAGCUUGCUGUCGACAAUCUCAGCGUGAACUUCUACGAGGGGCAGAUCACAUCGUUCUUGGGCCACAACGGAGCUGGCAAGACCACCACCAUGUCUAUAUUGACUGGUCUGUUCCCACCCACUGAAGGCACGGCAUACAUCUACGGCAGGGAUAUCCGUACCAGUAUAGAUGAGAUCAGACACAGCCUGGGAAUGUGUCCCCAGCAUAACGUCCUGUUUGACAAGUUGACCGUAGCGGAGCAUCUUUGGUUCUAUGCCCGUCUGAAGGGUGGAACUGCCAAUGACGUUGCCAUAGAGAUGGAACAGAUGCUACAGGAUUUGUAUCUUCCUCACAAGAGAGACGAAUACUCAGCCAACCUUUCAGGUGGCAUGAAGAGAAAGCUGUCUAUAGCCAUUGCCUUCAUGGCUGGCUCCAAGACUGUUAUCCUGGAUGAACCAACAGCUGGUGUGGAUCCAUACGCUAGGAGAGAGAUCUGGGACCUCCUCAGUAAAUACAAGACAGGCCGUACCAUCAUCAUGUCUACCCAUCACAUGGACGAGGCGGACAUCUUGGGAGAUCGCAUCGCUAUCAUCGCUAAGGGCAAGCUGAGAUGCUGCGGAUCAUCCCUGUUUCUCAAGAGCCAUUUUGGCUCUGGAUAUUACCUGGUACUCACAAAGCAGACUGGUGGAUUCGGACACAGUAGGAGCAUGGAUGAGAAGGAUGAUGAUGUGGCACCGCUUGAUCUAACCUCUGGUGAUGGUGAUGUGAUUCAUGCAGAGAAAGCCAGUGAAGCGGGUGAUGUACCAGACCUGGGGUACUGCAGUGAAGCAGUCAUCACAGCCUUCAUCAAGAAGUUUGUUCCCAAGGCAACCGUGGCCGAGAACAUCGGCACGGAGAUAUCCUACCAGCUGCCUCUCACAUCGGCUCGCAACCAGCAGCUCUCAAAGAUGUUCAGAGAGCUGGAGAUGAAUAUGGAUAAACUUUACAUCAGCAGCUAUGGACUCUCAGAUACAUCAUUGGAAGAGGUGUUCUUGGCAGUGACGGAGGAUAAUGAGAUGGUAGACAUGGAGCCAGGAGAUACUGACAUAUCAACGGACGGAGGGAGGUUGCCACGCCCUUUCAUGGGGAGGGGCAGUAUCAGGAGGAGGCAUUACAGGAUGCCAUCCGCAUCCUCCAUCAAUCUCAGCAUCACGGAUGAGCACCAAGGGCUGCUCGCAAAUGAUGUGACUGAUGCUGUCCACCAAGAAGCAAUGGCCCAGCCUGCCCCGCCCCAAGAUGCUUCCGGAGAUGGAGACGGGGAAGAGGUCGAUGGAGAUUCCACUCCCAUGGCACAGUUCCAACGUGAACCCAUGCAAACUCACAAAGCUCCAGCAGAUGUCAGUAGCUCAGAACCUCAAGGAGCAGUUGCUAGCAGCAUACCAGCAAGAGUCAAAGGUCACAAUAGAAACAAAGGUCACGCCCGCCAGGUCAGCUUCAGUCAAUUGGAUGUACAAGCAAGUGUAAACAGCUCCCAGACCCCAGAUGGUGCAAGUAAUGGUACACCAAAUGUCAUAGGUCAAACAAAGGGCAAAGGUCAUGCCCGGCAAGUGAGCUUCAGUCAACAAGAGGCUACCAUCCUUGCUCCUCCAGUCCAUGCUCAAGAAGUCUUGGAUCUGAGCGACAAGAGAGUGACCGGAUUCCAGCUGGUCAGACGACAGUUUGCUGCCCUCUUUUUCAAGAGAUUCCACCAUGCUCGACGCAGCAAGAAGGGCUUCCUUGCUCAGGUGAUGCUACCAGUCAUCUUUGUCUGUUUCUCCAUGCUGUUUGCAACCCUGAUACCUCCCAUCCAGCAACCAUCAGCCCUUAGGCUUGUUCCCUGGCUCUACGGCUCAGAUAACUAUGUCUUCUACAGUCAAGAUAACAUCAAUAACUCUAUCUCUGCCAAAAUGGAGGAUGCCUUGGUCAAUGGACCAGGGAUAGGUGUGCGAUGCAUGCCAAACUCUGAUAUUGGUUAUCCAUGUGAGCCUCACAGAGCGACCGAGUGGGGGAAAUCCCCUAAGCCAUCCUUCCCAGACUACCUGUACGAGGACUACGAGUCCAGAAAUCUCACCUGUACCUGUGAUAAAGGCUUCCAGUCAUGCGAUGUGGGAGCUGAGGGACCGCCCCCACCAACCAGAAGGGAAGCUACCACAGACUACCUGCAGAACAUGACCAGUGUGAAUGUCAGCCACUAUCUGGUCAAGACCAUGGAAGAUUUCAUUCUCAAUAGGUUUGGUGGGAUGAGUUUCAUAGAGGACAACGAGGAUGCGCUCAUCUCAAUCAAUCAGAGCAGGCAACUCAUCGGAGAAUGGAUGAGAGGAAAUGUUUCUACCGUUCCAGGAGAUGGUGAUCCAAAUAGGGAGUUCCUCCCAUCCUCAGACACAAUCCGUGAGGUGUAUGAAGUUCUCACCUCCCUUACUACACCAUCUAAUGUCAAGGUUUGGUGGGAUAACAACGGAUGGCAUGCACUGCCCAUCUACAUGAACGUGAUGAACAACCUGCUCCUGAGGGCCCAUAUAGAUUCAGAUAACAGCAGUCAGUACCACGGUAUCACUGUCACCAACCAUCCUAUCAACUUCACGAGCUCUCAGAUUGAUGAUGAGAUCAGGUCCAAAUCAUCAGUCAAUUUGGCGGUGGCCAUGUUUGUCAUGUUUGCGCUAGCCUUUGUUCCUGCCAGCUUUGUAGUAUUCCUGAUCAGCGAGCGUACCUCCAAAGCCAAACAUCUUCAGAUGGUCAGCGGCAUCAAUCCCACAGUCUACUGGAUAAGCAACUUCUGCUGGGAUAUGGUUAACUACAUGAUACCAGCCAUCCUGACGGUCACCAUCUUCCUCGCUUUCAGGAUGACGGCCUUUACCAGUGGUGAUAGCUUACCAACCGUCAUCCUUCUCUUGGUGCUAUACGGCUGGGCCAUCACCCCUAUGACAUAUCCAGCAGCGUUUGUAUUCCAGGUCCCCAGUACUGCCUACCUCUCCAUGGCAUGCGGUAACAUGCUUGUAGGCAUCACCACAGUACUAUCUACUUAUAUUCUAGACUUCUUGGGCAGAGAUGAUGAGUAUCUACAAAAUGUGAAUGAGGUUCUGAAGAAGGUGUUCCUGCUCUUCCCUCCAUACUGUCUGGGGCGUGGCCUGAUGGACAUGGCGUCUAAUCAACUCAUGGCAGAUGUACUCAGUGAAUAUACAGAUUAUGUUGCACCUGAUCCAUUGAAGUGGGCUCAGCUUGGCAAGAACCUCUUUGCUCUCUUCAUUGAAGGUUUUGUUUUCUUCAUUCUCACCCUCCUCAUUGAGUAUAGAUUCUUCAUUACACCCAGGCAAGUUACUCCUACACCUACCCUCUCUGAGCAAGAUGACGAUGACGUUCAAAGAGAGCGACAGAGGGUUCUCACAGGACGGGCAAUGAAUGAUGUCAUCCGCAUUGAAAACCUCAGCAAAGUUUACAGUACUAGUCGAGGACCAAUGACAGCAGUGGACAAAAUGUGUGUGGGCAUUCCAAAAGGAGAGUGCUUUGGUUUGCUGGGUGUCAACGGAGCGGGCAAGACAACCACCUUCAAGAUGCUAACGGGUGAUACCAGCGUGACCAGUGGGACCGCUCACAUCACUUCAUACAGUAUCCUGGAUGCUAUGCAGGAUGUGAACAGGUCCAUGGGUUAUUGCCCACAGUUCGAUGCUCUGGAUGAGCUCAUGACCGGUCAGGAACAUCUGGAGUUCUACGCAAGGGUCAGGGGGGUCAUGGAGGAGGAGGUCCCGAAGGUUGCUGAUUGGGGUAUCCGCAAGCUUGGUUUGACGGAAUACAGAGAUCGAUCUGCAGGGACGUACAGCGGAGGUAACAAGAGGAAGCUCUCUACUGCUAUUGCUUUGAUCGGAAACCCACCUGUUAUAUUCCUGGAUGAGCCGACUACAGGGAUGGACCCCAAGUCUAGGAGGUUCCUCUGGAACUGUAUCACAAGUAUAGUCAAGGAAGGCAGAUCAGUGGUCCUCACCUCACACAGCAUGGAGGAAUGUGAAGCUCUAUGUACCAGGCUAGCCAUCAUGGUCAAUGGUAAAUUCAAAUGUCUAGGGAGCACUCAACAUCUCAAAAAUAAAUUUGGUGAUGGCUACACCCUAACCAUCCGAUUAGGAGGGGAAGUCCCACAGACUGCUGCCCUCAUUGACUUCAUGGAGGUGGAGUUCCCGAGCGCCAAUCUACGAGAGCAGCACUUCAACAUGCUAGAAUUCCAGCUCUCAUCCUCAGACACCAUCCUCUCCAAAGUCUUCCAGUAUCUUGAGGAUAAGAGGUCAAGGUUCAAUAUCGAGGAUUACUCGGUCAGCCAGACCACGUUAGACCAGGUAUUCAUCAACUUUGCCAGCCAGCAGAGGACUGGAGAUGAGACUACGGUGGAGUUGACUCUGUUCCCACCUGCAGCUAAUAACGUCCAAGCUAACAAUAGAGUAGCGCUUUCUACAGAUGGAGCUUCAGCCCGUUACAUUCCAACACCUCAUGAGCUGACCAGUAUUAAUAGCAACGAUGUCCCUCUCCAACCAAAGAACACCAACAUGAGACAUCAACGACAACGUAGCGGUCAGCUAGACAAGGUCAUGGUCAACUCCCUCUUCUCUACCCCGCCCCCUCAAGCUAUGGCCGCCUCGUCGCCCGUAGCAACCGCACAUCCUCAGAACACCAAUAAGAUUAUGACGCAAUAUUCAGGCUACAACAACCCGAUGUACGACAGCAACGGCCCACCGACAGAACCGGUACUCAGGUUCGCAUCGGCCGACUCGGGUGUAACACGUGAGGGCGGGCUUCAGAUGGAUGAAAUCGAUCUAUCAUCUCAGUGUUAAAAUAUAACGACUUAUUUAAAGCAUUAGCGCCUUGACUUUCUGAACACCUAAUGGUGUGUGACUGAGUACUACAGUAGAAUUCUUAUUGACUUUCGCGGCCGAGAGUUGGCUCUUUCAGAAAGAUUGGGAGUUUUAUUCACCUGUAUCACAGACAUUGUGCCAACUUGACUUUGUUAGAUAUGCUCUUUGCUUCUAGUAUACGUAGCCCAUCAUUCUGUUGCAUGAUUUCUGCCUCCUAGCUCUUUCUGCAGGAAACCAUUACUUUCUAUUUUUAUAUGACUAAUGCUACUAUCAUUCGUCUUCACUGCAAUAUUCUUUUUUAAAUGAAUAUUUAAUCGUAACUUGCAGGUGCAAUGUGUCUGUAUGCAUAUUUGCUUGCAUUACAUUUUGUUUUAUCACUACAUGUGCAGCAAAGUGUGACGAGCGAAGCACUGAAAGAACUUUGAAUAGAGCAUGUAAAUGUAUAUUUUACCUUAUGAAUUUGAUAUUGUUGUCUUUUGAAACCAGAAUACCACCAUUUAUUAUAUCAUCACUUUAAUUUCUUCCACAUCAAAAUGGUAUUUAUUAUGAGUCAGCUGUAUUCAUGCGCAAUGGAAUGUAUGUAUAAAUGGAUUUAGAUUUUGACAGAUGUCAUAUCAUUUUUAUCUGAUGCGUUUUAAUGCUGCUUUCUCAAAAGCCUGAACGUGCUGCAUACAGAUGUACAAUCUUUACAAUAUCUAAUAUCUCUUUUAGUAGUUGGGACACUACCUUUCCUGCUACCAAAGCUCUUCAUUAUCAGGUAUCAUAAAUUAUCAGUUUGGACCGAAUUACCCAGUAUUAAAAAGCCAAUGUGAUUCUUAUUAUCCAUUCCAAUUUGAUCAUUAACGUUUUUUUUCUUCCAAUUAUUUGCUAAAGCACACUGUAUGAUCAAUCUGUACAAUAGCAAAAUUAAGGUGUAAUUAAUUAUGAUGGAUCAUGGCGAGUACAUUGAUCCUGUAUGAAAUUCUACAUUCAAAUCUAGCUUGUUGAACACUCAAGACUCAUGCCUUCUUGAUUCUUCUAUCAUUCCACAAAAUUGGCUGAUGUUAGGCUUGAAUUUAGUCCUCAGGUACCGGUAUUCAAAUUUUGACCAAAUCUUUUAUCUGAAUAUCUUAAUUACUCAGGAAAUAUUAGAUAAUGCCCUAUUAGGUUUGUAUUAUUAAAAAGUUAAUUCAUACUUGUACUCUAGGACUAAGUUUUAUUUAGAUCCCAGAAACUGUUUCUUUUCUCUUGAUUUUAGCUGAUGAAUAGCAAGUUACCAGCAUUUCUAAAUUGCUGCAAAAUUUAUAUCCUUUGUGAGUGAUUCAUCACAGAUAGCAAUGAUCUUUGGCCUGAAUUUGGAGUUCCUUUCAGACCCAUGUAUGAUCCCUGAAAUUCUUCUUGGAAAGAAAAUAAAAAAUACAAAAUGGUGAAAA